ACUGGAUUUCACUGAAAUAUUUUGUGUUAAAAUUCGGGACUUUUUCUAAAGAUAUAAAGAGGAUAGCGACAGAAGACUUUCUCACUUUUAUUUUUCUUUGUUUUAAAUCUUGCCCCAUCUCCCCAGCCCGGCCCAGCCCAGCCGUCUGCCUAAGGGCCUCAUAGCUGAACCGAGCUAUGCACAUUUGGCCCGCGCGUUUUAAGAAGGGUAUUCUUUCUCUAUCACCGUCAGGUCAUUUAAUACCAUUUUGCAGUUAUUCCGACGUUCAUUUGGAUCUUUCUGGAAGGGAGGCUGUGUCAUAAAUUAUGAAGACUUUAGCCCAAUCAAUAAAACCAUGUUUUUUUUUUUUUUUUAACUUUUGGCCGGUCACUCAUUAUGAUGUAUGUCCACCUUGCCGGCAGUUGUGCUAAGAAGUGGGAAUACAAGGACGAUUGAGAUACUAUUUUUUAAUGUAUUUAUCCCAUACCAAAUUGCCUUAGUCAUCCUUAUCCAGUUGUUAAUUUUAUAAGGCCAUCAGAUAACGUGGAUCUGCAACUAAAUGAAACUUUUUUUAAAAAUUCAAUGCCCCGGUAAACUAAAUUUCACGCAAUUAUUUCUAUAAUUGCUACAAAAUUUGUUGAACGUGGUGAAUGAAUGAAACUGAGCUGAAUUUAUUCUAAGGAUAUAAAUUACUAUGUGAAAGAGUAUCACCACCAUUUUGAAGCUCUUCAAACAUUAUAGAGGCAUCAAAUAAUGUCAUCUGAAAUAUUGCCAGCAUUUAGUGAGACUUCUAAUGUUGAAAGAAAGCAAGACUUAAAUGAAGACCAAGAGGAGAAUCAGAAACCAGGAUUAGGCGAAGGGUUUGAACCAAUAUCUAAACGGCAAAUGAAGAAGCUAAUGAAACAGAAACAAUGGGAAGAACAAAGAGAACUCCGCAAACAAAAGCGGAAGGAAAAACGCAAGAGAAAGCAAUUAGAGCGGCAGUGUCAACUGGAAUCAAACUCAGAAGGAAGUGACAGAAAACGUAUUCGAAGAGAUGUUGUUUACAGCCCACUCCGCCUUAUCAUUGACUGCAGUUUUGAUAGCUUGAUGGUAUUAAAGGACAUUAAGAAACUUCAUAAGCAGAUUCAACGAUGUUAUGCAGAAAAUCGACGAGCACUGCAUCCUGUGCAGUUUUACUUGACAAGCCAUGGAGGCCAAUUGAAAAAGAACAUGGAUGAAAAUGACAAAGGAUGGGUCAACUGGAAGGAUAUCCACAUCAAACCAGAGCACUACAGUGAAUUCAUACAGAAAGAAGACCUGAUUUAUCUUACAUCAGAUUCACCUAAUGUACUAAAGGAAUUAGAUGAAUCAAAGGCCUAUGUGAUUGGAGGAUUAGUAGAUCACAACCAUCACAAGGGACUCACAUAUAAACAAGCAUCAGAACAUGGAAUUGAUCAUGCACAGCUUCCCCUUGGAAAUUUCGUGAAGAUGAAUAGUAGAAAAGUUUUGGCAAUUAAUCAUGUGUUUGAGAUUAUUCUGGAAUACCUAGAAACAAGAGACUGGCAAGAAGCAUUUUUCACUAUCUUACCCCAAAGAAAAGGAGCUGUUCCCACAGACAAAGCCUGUGAAAGUUCUUCACAUGACAAGAAGUUCACCACAGUUGAAGGUGGAUUGAACAGUGAUUCCAGUGAGGAGGAAAAUAGAAAUGAACUAGAUUCACCACAUAAGGAAGAAGAGCAGGAUAAAGAAAAUAGCACUGAAUCUACAGUGAACUCUAUACUACACUAAUGUCAUUUUUUUUAAGUUUAAGGAAAAUUAGGAGAAAAUGAAUAUUGAAUUUCAUAGAAUAUUUCAUAGAAUAUUUAAAAUGGAAGAAACUUUCAUUUUCUUUUAUUUCUGUUAUGAAUUUUUUUAACUUUCUUUUUUUAGAACUAAGUGAUAAAAAGCACUAAAAAAGCAUUUUUUUUUUGCAUAAGAUUUAAAUGUGUAAUUUAAAAAAAUUUUUCUAAGCCUCAAAUAAGCAUUUCUUGAGAAUUUUACCUUAUUAGUAAACCUUCAUUCUCUUUUAUUUACAAGAUUGUAUUCUUCAGAAUGUGCCUUCUGACCUUUCAGUUUUAUUAUUAUAUGUUUAUAUCAAUGUCUUUCUGAUUUAUUGCCUACUUAUUUAUGGAGGCAGAUAUCCUAAAACUCCUUUAAGUCUACCAAAAUGUUCUGUAUGGGUGGUUACCUUCUAUUUGCAGCUUUUAUAUUCAAUUUAGUUACUUCAAAGGAAUAUAGUGAUUUUAGGAAUAAGUGUUGGAUUGAGAAACUCAAGAAUUGAUUUCUUUUGAGAGCCCAUAUCUGUUCUUCCUUUGUAAUGCCUUUGUGGUUCUAAAGCAAUCACUGAAGAGUUAAGACUCUCUUUAAUAUAUUUUCUUAAUUUCAAUAAUGAUGGUAAAUUAUUUCAAUUACAAAAUUUAAUUUUUCAGGCUAUAUUAUUUUUAAAGGCUGUUGAAGGAUCAAUUUUAUCAUUACCCAAAUUUAAAAAGAAACAGUUCUUAAAAAAAAAAAGUAGCUCUUAGCAGAUAUUCUUUU